CAUCCACGGGAAUGGGAGUGUAUCUAGUUGAAUUACCAACGCAAACAAACAAGCAAACAGAACAGGGAAAGGCAGUGAAGCCGGAGUGAAUGGCGACGAUCCAAGUCGGAAAUCUAGGGUUUGGAUUGACGCCAUUGCCAACGAUAUCACUGUUAAAACUAAAACCCAGAGCUGGUCUGCAAUUUCACAAAGCUUUUGAGCCCUCAACUCCAACUCCAAGUGGAAAUGGAAGAGUUGCCCUUGUUCGUCUGCCUUUAUUCCCUGUUUGUUUGUGUUCUCUGGUAGACGAACAAAGGCAAGUUGAAGAAGACGAAGAAGAAGAUGAGGUGGUUACCUUCAACGACCAUGAAAAUUCACUUAUUGUUGCACUCAUCGGCAUUCAGGGCCGAGGCCGCUCUGCUUCUCCCCAACAACUCCAAGAGGUUGAACGUGCGGUGCAAGUUUUAGAAGGUUUAGAGGGUGUACCUGAUCCGACAAGCUCUAGUUUGAUUGAAGGUCGCUGGCAAUUAAUGUUUACAACAAGACCUAGAACUGCAUCCCCUAUUCAGAGAACAUUUGUUGGAGUUGAUUUCUUCAGUGUAUUUCAAGAGGUAUACCUACGAACAAAUGACCCCCGUGUGUCCAACAUUGUAAGAUUCUCUGAUGCAAUAGGUGAGCUGAAAGUAGAGGCUGCAGCAUCAAUUAAGGAUGGAAAACGAAUACUUUUUCAGUUUGAUAAAGCAGCCUUCUCUUUCAGAUUUCUUCCAUUCAGGGUUCCAUAUCCAGUACCAUUUAGGCUUCUUGGAGAUGAAGCAAAGGGUUGGUUAGACACUACGUAUUUGUCCAAUUCUGGAAACCUUCGCAUCUCGAGAGGAAACAAGGGCACCACAUUUGUGCUGCAAAAGAAAACUGAACCAAGGCAAAGAUUGCUGGCAGCCAUUUCCACAAAUACAGGAGUGAGAGAAGCAAUUGAUGAGUUCAUCCUCCUAACUAAGAAUGUAGCCAAAGGUGAACCAGAACUUCUUGAGGGUGAAUGGCAAAUGAUAUGGAGUUCACAGAUGGAGACAGAUAGCUGGUUAGAGAAUGCUGCAAAUGGUCUUAUGGGCGUGCAGGUAGUCAAAUCGAAUGGAAAAUUGAAGUUUCUGGUCGACAUAUUGCUUGGCAUCAGAUUCUCUAUGGAUGGCACAUUUGUGAAAUCUGGCACCAACACAUACGAUGUUAUAAUGAAUGAUGGAGCCAUUCUGGCUGGCCAAUUUGGAGUUCCUGUAGAGAUGGAGAGCAAGUUCAAGUUGGAGUUGCUUUAUACUGAUGAAAAGAUCAGAAUUACCCGAGGGUACAACAAUAUUAAUUUUGUCCACGUACAAGUGGAUGGGUCUAAGCAGAAAUGAAUUAUCUGCACCAACCUGAAGAAGAUAGAUAUGUAACCUAUGUUGCUUCUGAAUAUGACCAUGCAAAGAACUGAUUUUGCAUAUUUAUUACCAAGUUUAAUCCCGACAUUCUGUUUACACACUAUUGUUGACAAUUUGGAGACAUUUUUUGGUGAUAUAGUAGAAUGGAUGGUAUUUUCGAGA